UGACUUCACCUUCUUAUUCCAUCAUGCCGGAAAUUUUAUUAUUUGUUGACUGGUUUAGUUAAUAGUGUGAUAUUUUAUUUAAAAUUAUUAAAUUAAAAAGUAUUAAUUAAAACGAGAUGUUUAUACGACCUAUUCAUCAUAUUCGAGCGCUACAAAGACUGCAAACUUUGUCACAGAGAUUGUCUACACAAGCGGUCAUUAACCGUAGUUAUGCAACCUUUGAGGAUAUUUGUGGGAGACGAUCAACAGUGCUGCAUGCAAAACCAAUAUUAUCGUAUACAUCUUGCAUACGUUAUGCCAGUCAACAAGCUAAACCUGUGGAACAUGCUGAAAGAUCUUUAAAAUAUGGUUUUGAACAUGUUAUGGGUAAAUUGGAGUCAUCUUAUCAGUGGAAUGGUUUCAUAGGCAUUGAUCAAUUACAACCUUUAAUGGAUGUACUUAAAGCAAAUCCUAAUUUAAAGUUGACCCACGAACAAGGAUUAUUUCUUUUGAAUUUAUGUGGCUGCGAAAUGCCCUCACUGACGGCUGACGAACGCCUUUUAUAUUUCCAAAAUAUUUGGCAGUUUUUACAACAAACCAAUCAGAUUACAAAAGAACAUUAUCACACUAUGUUGCAAGUUUUUCAAUUCAAUCGGGCUCCUUUAAAAGACUAUAAAAUAUUGUUGCAAGAAUAUGAAAAACAUAACGGCUCACCAAAUGAAAUUUUGUCACAACUGCUGGAAGUAUCUGGGGCUAAUGGAGAUGUUAAAUUGACCACCGAACUUUUAUCGGAAAUGCGUUCCUUACAAAUGGCUCUUACAGAACACGAUUUCAAUUCUCUGCUGUUAGCUCAUGCUCGGGCCAAAGAUAUGAGCGGUUGCCAAACAGUUCAAGAUAGUAUGCAUGCCGCAGGUUUGUCUAUAAGUACUGAAACACAAUCAACCUUAAUUGUGGCUUAUAUGGAAAAUGAAGAUGAAGCAAAAGCAUCAAAUAUAUUGCUACAAUAUCAUGGACAAUUUAAGUCGUAUCAGGUGAUAAAAAUGUUGCAAAGCAUAACGGCAUGUUCGAAAAUUUCUCAAGAAUUUAUUAGCCAAUUAGUGAAAGAGUUUAAGGCGGACUAUCUUAAAGGGCCAGAAGUACCAAUAUCGCUACGAAGAAUAUGUGUGGAGUUAUUACACAAUAACAAACUGGAUUAUGCUCUCUGCAUAAUUGAUACUUUACCAAAGCCUAAUUUCCAAGAAAAUCAAGAUAUUGAUACAUAUGGAGUAUUUCUGUUGCACGCACUUUUUAGAGCCGACUGUGAACUAACGAAAAUCAUAGAAAUUGCCACUCGACUAGAAGAUACUAAUAAAAACACGCGUGCUCUGCAUGUAGCUGCGGAAAUUGCGCUAAAGCGUAAUCCACCUAUGGCUUUACCCAUACUUGAGGCUUUAGUGAAACGAGAACAACCGCUUAGGCCACACUAUUUUUGGCCUUUAAUGAUGUAUAACUUCAGAAGACACAACGAAUCGGGCAUAUUGCGUACAUUGAAAAUUAUGCAAGAUUUUAAAGUUGAAUGUGAUCAUCAAACGAUAGUGCAAUAUGUUCUACCCAGAUUAUCGAUUAUUCUAACAAAUCCUCAAGUGGCUCUUAAGCAAUUGGAAGAUGCUGGCCUAAAGACAUCUUUGGUGCUAACGCCAAUUGUUUCUCACAUGUUGACGCAGAACAAAUGGUUUGAUGUUACCCCUCUCGUCGAAGCCUAUACGACUAAAAUAAAUACUGCAGAACUAAUUGCACCGCUAUGCAGUGUUGCUGUUCAUGUGCGAGCCACCAAAAGAUAUCAUCAAUUUGCCAAAUUGCUUAAUGCUUUAUCGAAUAAAAAUAUCGAUCAAAAACAGGAUUUCAUAGGACAAUUUUUGAUUGAACUAUUAUCAACUCAACCACGUAUGCUAGGGGAUCUUUUUAGCAUACAGCGUUUAUUAAACGAAAUGCAAAAAAUUGGUUUGCAUAUAUCGCCAGCAGCAGUAACAACUCUACAAACUCUAUUAACAACCAACAAUUCUGAACCUUCAGAUGUUUCGACGACAAUAAAUCAAAGAUUAAAAGAAAUGACAAAACGAAAUUUAGUUCUAGCCAACAGUACAGAAGAUGGUUCCGUAAUGUCAUCUUCAUUUAUAAAACAUCCUCGUGAUAUGAAUAUUGAUGAAUUAGAAUGUCAUUUAGUAGAAUUGGAGUCGAAACAAAUGAAUACUCGUGGUGUACUCAGACGUUUGCUGCAGGUUUGUGUACGAGACAACCGUUUGGAACGUGCUGUAGAAAUCAAAAACAAAUGCGAUAAGUUAAAGGUGCAGACUAGUCCUGGUAUGCUGGCAAGCAUAUUUGAAAUGUAUACAAAAUUGGGCGAUCUCGCUAAAGCACAAGAAAGUCUUAAAGUUUUGCAACAAACCUAUCCUGGAUUCCAAAUUGAUGAACACAAACAUGUGGAUUUUGCAACCCUUUUAGUUAAAUGUGGUCAGCUGGACACUGCGAAGAAGUUGUUGGAAGAGCGCUCACUUAAACACCAGAUAAUAGGCGGAGAUUAUAUUUUGAAAAAUGUAUGGAAUUUGCUAACAAAUGUGGCUCACUUAGCAGCCAUUUCUAAAGAUCUUCCUAAUGAACGUAAUCUCACGCGCGAGACUUAUGCAUUUUUACAAAAAUUGGGUUACUGCCGUACCCACAAUGCCAUAUUAGGACCUAUAGUCCGAGAACGUUUACUGAGGGGUGACCUCAACGGUGCCAUAAUGGAAUUCAAACAAUUGGCACAACAAUUCAAACAUACGCCCCUACAAUUUGAAUUACUUUCCCUUAUAGUGCGUUUGUGCAAUGGCGAUGAGGAACUAUCUAAAAAAUAUAACUGUAGUCCCGAGGAGGCACAAAAACUCUUGGGUGAUAUAACUGAAAUAAUCACUAAAAUUCAUGGUGUUGUUAAUAUGAAUAGUGGUCUCCUGUUGGCAUUUGCUGAAUCCGGCUCUGAUAAUCAAUUGAGACGUCUUUUAAUAAAUCCCGAAUUCCGUAUUAAUGAAGAACUUCUUUUGCGUAAUUGUGAACAUUUGGGCCAGGAAGGUGCUGUUCGUACGUUGUUGCGUUUGGCGCGUGGUGCACGUGGUUUAAAUCGUGUCAUCAAUGAGCAAAAUAUUUACAAUAUGCUAUUGAAUAACUUUGCUAAAGCGAAUAAUUAUGAAGCAGCUGUUAAACUUUACAAUCUGUUAGAAGAAGACGAUGAAUUAAAGGUGUCACAAGAAUUUCUACGAAAUAUAGUUAAACUUUUGAAAGUAAAUAAUAUUGAAAUACCCAGUAAUAUUGCUCUAAGAGCACGUGUUGUUUAAGCGUUAAAUAAUUAAUUGUUUUGCUUUAAAAUUAUUUUUAGUAAUUUUGAUUUUUUACAUAUUUUAUUGUAAACAUUAAAUGAAAAAUAAACGAAAAGAAUUAAUUGUAAAGAAAUUUCUUAAUAUAAAUUCGGA